UGCCCUCUUUCCCUUUCCUUCUCUCUCUCCCUCUGAAAGAAAAAAACUAUCACAAAUCAUGACAUAUUCAAAUCGGCACUGAUACUUUCUCAAAUCGGUAGUUCAUGUUGCCUCCUUCACAAAUCAUGACAGAUUCAAGGGUUCAUAUGUGGGUAUCUAUAUAAUCUUCGGUGAAAACAACCGUUUCUUCGGCAUGGAGGCGGUGGAGGAACCGGCUGCCGCCACAUUACUUUCUGGAAACAUGUUUACUUUUUCGUCAUCUGCUACUUCACAGAUGGAUUGUAUUGAUGGAACUUACAUUGACAAGAAGUGCCCUUUCACUGGUGAUGUCUCCAUUAGAGGUCGUAUUCUUGCUGGUACUUGCCACAGUGCGGAAAGGGUUAGGACCAUUAUUGUUCAUCGGGACUACCUCUAUUAUGUGAAGAAGUAUCAGCGUUAUGAGAAGCGCCAUUCAAACAUCCCAGCACACAUUUCGCCAUGUUUCCGAGUGAAAGAAGGUGACCAUGUCACCGUUGGACAGUGCAGGUUUGCUUUACCUGUGCAUCUUUUUAGUUAUAGUUUAUAUGUGCUGCUGGUUUUGACAUGGGGGUGCUUGCUGAGAAACUAAACCUAAACUAUGAAGAUGCUGAAAGGUGGAUUUUGAAUCUCAUUCGAACCUCGAAGUUAGAUGCCAAAAUCAAUACCCAAACUGGAAUGGUUGUUAUGGAACCCAAUCAUCCUAACGUGUAAGUAUAGAAAAUAGUUUUCAAAAUAUGAUGCUUUUAUUUCUACUUUAUGCCAAUUUAUGGAUUAUCUUGAUGUAGAGGUGCCAUUUAACCUAUUUUGUAACGGUUUUAUGUCAGUUAGAUUAAAUUUACAAAUACUUUGAAUGGAUCAAGUUGGAAAACUUACCCAAAACUGAAUGGGUCAAACCUGGCCCAAGCAGUUUGACCUGAAUUAAAUAUUUCUCUGUUUCAAUCAUUUAUCUCGACAUUUUUCAUCUUAUGUUACGCACCUUAAGAUCUUGCAUUUGAAGUUUACAUGUGUACUUUUC